AUGUCUGCAAAACAGAUUUUCGAGAAGUUCGACAAGAACAAAACCGGUAAACUUUCGCUUGACGAGUUUCGUGAAGCUGUUCUUGCUUUCUCUCUAAACAUUUCUGAGGAAGAAGUCACACAAACGUUCAAAGAAAUUGAUGUGGAUGGUGACGGCGUGCUCAACUCCGACGAAUUUACUUCAUCCGUUGAAAAUAUGUUGAAAGAAGCUUUUUCUUUAUGUGAUGCUGAUGGUGACGGAAAGAUUACUUCCAGUGAGUUCCAUGCAGCCAUGAGGCUUGGGAAGGAGUGCACUGAAGAGGAAUGUGCAGAGAUGGUUAAAACCGUUGAUGCAGAUGGUGAUGGUUAUCUGAGUUUUGAAGAGUUUAUGGUUAUGAUAAUCGGUGACCUUUAA